GAGGAAAUAGGCUGAAGCGGUGGGGGAUUUCCCCAGCGCCACUCAAGCUAUUUAACCAGCAGAGUGAAGGGCAUGUUCUAGAGUAAAGGAAAGUGAGAGACAAGGCAACACUCCUUUCCUCCUGCGCCAUCUGGCCACUCUGUUGCCAAGCAUGCUGCUCUCCUUGCUCCUCUGUGUGGGAAUUGUGAGCGGAUUCCGCCCCAACCCUGAAUCGAGGGAGAAUCCAGGGGAUUUCACAGAUGCUGACAUCACGGAAGCGGGGGUGCUGCGGGCCGUAGCCUGGUACAUGGAGAGGAACCCCCUUCCUGGAAGAUCUCCACUGGCUCCUGGAGAGCUAGAAAACAUGAAGCCAUUGAAUGCAACCUGGCUCUUCAAGGCCUACUACCAAGCUGAUGUCUCUCCCAGCCGAUUCAUAAAAGCCAUGCAGAAACUUGUCGAAGGAAAUAAUGACGUGGAAGCAUCUAAAGGCUACAAUGACUACUACUUCUAUUGUGAACAGUUCAGCAAAAGUAUUAACCAAAUUCGAAUUCUGAGUGACUCCAUGCUUUCCAGUCUGAGAGGGGAGGUGGGAUCCUCUGCUUUGGAAGCAGCUCGCCUCAGUGCUGGAAAACUCCUUCACGUGAUUCAGAAAUUCUACAGCAACACCAACUGGGUCGAAAUGGAAAAGGAGAGCCCUUACGAGUUCUUGUUAAAUCCAAGCAGUCCUGUCAUUCCAACUGCACCAAUUUCUAAGAAGACAUGUGAUAACUGUAGAAAAGUAUCAAGUACCCAGUAUCAGUGUGUGAACAACCUCCUGGUGAAAGACAUGCUUACAAGUGGAUAUAAAUUACACACCACCUGUCAAAGGAAGCCAAAAGGCAAAUGUGGACAUGGUGGGAAAUAUGAUUUGACUCAAAACUUCCCUCCCUCUGGUGGCAUCAACAAGGAGACAUCUAAUCCCGAAUUUUCACCACACUAUACCUUGCAUCCGAAAGCAGCAGAAUUAGCCAUCAAAGCCACCAAGAGCUUUUUUGUUGGAGUGGAUUUCGGCUUCUUAAAUAUAAAGGGAGACGAUAUGUUUAAGAAAUUUUUGAACCUGGAUGGUUAUUCCCUCACAUUUGUGGUGGACACGACCGGCAGCAUGUCAGACGACAUCAAUCAAGUCAAAACCAAAUGCAUCGAACUCCUCCGAACGUAUUCUGGCUCUCCGGAUGCACCUUUUAAUUACAUUCUUGUGCCCUUUAAUGACCCCAAUGUUGGACCCAUCACCAAGACCCAAAGUGUGGACGAAUUGGAAUCUGCAAUCUCUCGCCUGACUGCUACUGGGGGUGGCGACUGCCCUGAAAUGUCCAUGUCUGGCUUGAAACUGGCUUUGCAACAGAGCAUGCCAAGAUCCAAGAUCUUUGUCUUCACUGAUGCGGGAGCAAAAGAUGAGUCUCUGAAGGGAGAAGUGGACCUUCUGAUUGAAUCUACUAAGUCCAUGGUGAAUUUUCUCCUCACAGGGUAUUGUGGCAGCAGGAAACGCAGAAGUGUUCCUGGGGUUAAGCCUAAAACAUUUGCUAACAUCUAUGAAGAACUGGCCUAUAAUUCUGGUGGAUUCUAUGUACUUACUACAAAACGUCAGCUUUCACAGGUCCUGGGCAUAAUGGAGAAGUCCCUGAAUGCUGCUCCUGUUAAAUUGAUUGAUGGCCGAAUGUAUACUUCACAGUUCUCCAUCCCUGUAGAUGAAACACUCAAAGAGUUGACCAUCUCGGUCAAAGCAUCAGCUUCAUUCAGCAUGACUGUGUUCCAACCUUCAGGUUCCCAAUUGGAGUCUCUGAGCAUGUUGAUCAACACGGAGAACAUGAAGGUUGUGAAGAUAUCUCCUAUCCCCGAGCCAGGAUCCUGGACAGUGAACUUGAAUCCCAUAAAUGAUUAUAUGGUAGAGGUUGGAGGCAAAAGUUUGCUUGACUUUUCUUACCAGAUUCUGCAGAAGGAGGAUAAGUUUAUGCUUCCGAUCCAAGGACGACCAGUGCAAGGGUCGAACUACACCGUCUCCAUGAAGCUGAUGGGGGAUUCUGCCGGCAUGCAAAUCCUGCGCCUGGUGCCUCUUUCUGAAGACGGAACCCCUCUAGAGUCUAUUCCUUUGAACCAGUCCUUUGAUGCUUUAGGCAACCCCUUUGCCUAUGGACCAGUUUCCUUGCAUCGCCCAAGAACCUUACUGAAAGUGGAGGGCCUUUCUCCAGGCAAAUUCCCCUUCGUGCGAAUCAGUGGUGAUUCCAUCACCACCGAAUUUGUGCAGAUUUUGCCUCUGCCAGAACAGAACAGCACCAUGGCACCUGGUGGGACCUUAGAAGUCUCUGUGCUGGUGGUCAACUACGGAGAAGCUAAAACAUUUGCUUUUAAAGUUUGGGAUGAUCGGAGUUUCAAGCGCUAUGAACCAAAAGGGCGUUUCCUGAACACAGGAGAAAAUGUUACCCUGACGGCAACCUUUAUUGCACCCACUGCGAAUGACAGCUAUGCCUCCAGCGUUGUGACCUUCACUGCUAGCAGCGGUUCUGCUCAGAACUACCUGAAACUUCCCAUCAGCGUCGUUCCUGAAACAGCUUUGGAGACCGAUGAGAUCCCACCUGUGCACAAACUCAGAGAAUUUUUCAUGCCUUGUAGGGGCAAUAACCAGAAGGAACCAGACUGUCGUCGUCAUACUUGGCAAAUGUCAUUCACUGCCAGGGAUGACCAAAGUGCCAUAACCGUCAAAAUCAAUACGAAUCCUUCUGGUCUCACUUGCACUCCAAUAGGAGGUGAUGUGAAGAAUGUAAAAUGUGAAUAUAGGUCAACCUGCUGCAAUUUUGCAGAAGUUUUGAUCAGUGAUGAGGUUGGGAACACGAGCAGUUUCACGAUGGACUACAGAAACUCUAAGCCUCCUCCAAGCUAAGAUGGUGUACAUUGAAGGAAUGCCCUGACGCAAAAUGGAUCUUAUUUCUGGUCCCUGGAUGUCCCUUACCCUAGGAUCAUAAUCAGCCAAAUGGUAGUACCCUUGGCCCAUCUCUCUGGUGGAGCCCAAUAAAACUAACUUCAGAAGCA